AUGGCACCCAAGCUCAGCUUCGCGGCCGCUGUCGUAGCCGCCCUCUUGGCCGGCCUCUCGAGCGCCUGGCUGCCUGAGGGUAAGCUCCGCGGCGUCAACCUGGGCUCCAUGUUCGUCUUCGAGCCGUGGAUCGAUAGCGGUGAGUGGUCCAACAUGGGCUGCGGCGACGCCAGAUCCGAGUUUGACUGCGUCUCCAGCCUGGGCCAGGAUGCCGCCGACUCGGCCUUCCAGUCCCACUGGCAGGACUGGGUGGCUGAGGAUGACCUCGACGAGAUGAUGGCUGCGGGGCUCAACACCAUCCGUAUCCCGCUGGGCUACUGGAUCUACGAGGACAUUGUCGACUCGUCCGAGCAUUUUCCCAAGGGUGGCUUCGACAUUCUCAAGACGUUUGUCGGAAAGGCUAGUGAUCGGGGAUUUUACAUCAUCCUCGACUUACACGGUGCUCCCGGCGCUCAGCAGGUCAACAACGCCUUCACCGGCCAGUAUAACCCUAGCGCCGACUUCUACAACGACUACAACUACGGCCGUGCUGUCCAGUGGCACGCUUGGAUGGCCGAGCAAGUCCACAGCAACGAUGAGUUCCGCAACGUCGGCAUGAUCGAGCUCGUCAACGAGCCCCUUCAGGGAAAUGCUCCCGAGUCUCUCCGCAGCGAGUACUACGUCGAUGCUCUCCAGGCCAUCCGCGAUGCCGAAAGCAGCAAGGGCGUCGGCUCCGGCUCCCAGCUCCACGUCCAGAUGAUGAGCGACCUCUGGGGCUCCGGCAACCCCUCCCAGUACCUCGGCGACUCCAGCAACACGGCCUACGACGAUCACCGCUACCUCAAGUGGGACUCGUCCGUCGCGGUCUCCAAGGAUGCCUACCUGUCCGAGUCGUGCGACAACGACCGCGUGGCCGAGGACACCCUCGUCAUCGGCGAGUGGAGCCUGUCCGUGCCCGACGACGUCGAGGGCUCCGACGACUGGGACCCGUCUAGCAACGCCGACUUCUACUCCAGAUGGUUUGCCGCCCAGAUCCAGUCGUACGAGCGGUCCGCCCUCGGCUGGGUAUUCUGGACCUGGAAGGCUGGCCUCGACGACCCGCGCUGGUCUUACAAGGAUGCCCUCGAUGCCGGCAUCAUCUCAAAGGACCUGGACAGCGUCAUCAACUCGAGCGUCUGCUGA